UUAUCAACCAACGGAACAUAUGGGGUUGGCAAUUAGUCAUAGUGCAGAAAUAUUUUUCGUCACAUUAUUGAGGAAGCUAUUUCUUUUUUCAGGAUGUAGCGCUCCUACAAUUUGCGGCAUGGAUUUAAUUCAGUAGCUAGAUUAAAAAAAAAAAAAAUACUUUACCAGAUACAAUCUCGAUCGAUAUUGAGUCACAUGGGUUUCUGGUUGUGUGGAUAAACUGAAUUGCUAAAAAUAAAUUUCAUGUUGAAAUCUGUAUGUUUUUUAACACCGGAUCGAGCGCGCGAUUCUUUAGGUAACGUAAAGGACACCCCCCUAAAAAGUCUUGUUUUCUUUUUAUCUCUUAGGAAUCUAUCAAGCUAAUUUCAGUUACAAGGCCAGGGUGGUUUUGUUUUGGCCUUAGGCAAAUUUUCAACCGUCAAAUCGCGGGAAGACAUUAUCCGCGCAUUAUACUGUGCUCGCCCACAUCGCCAGUUGCUUGCAAAGCUCUCUCGGUGAUGGCCUUAUGUUCAGUUCAUAAUACACCUGGUGCUUUUGAAUCAGGCUUAUGAUUGGUGGCUUUUUAAAAAGACGCGUUUUGAUUGGCGGCUGUGUUGUUUUGGUUUCGGUUAAGCAGGUGUUCGGAUGAGCGGUGAUUCUUUUAGGAUAAACAAUGAGGUCAUUUUUUGAGCAAUAUUCGUCUUUGCGGUUAGGCGAGGAAAAUUGAUAUGAAUUUGCGCGAACCAAUAAGACGAUGCGACGGAGUGUUGUCAACAAAACGCCACGAAAUCUUCGGUGAAUUCACACGAUGUUUGGAAAGCUGUCGCUGUCAGAUAUUUUGCUCUACGGAGGACGAACACUGCUUGGAUGAAGUUUGGAUGAGAAAAAUUCGUAAACUGCAUUGUGUAUUGUGGUAGCCUGUUCGCCAACUGCUAGUGAAUCUCAUAUACAUCGCAGACAAUUUGACAUAUUGUGGUAUUCAUCGCAUAUGACUUGCUGAGAGCUUACCAAAAGUAAACGUCUUUUGAGCUCGCUCCCUUUGAAAAAACCACACCAUCGUUCUUCCGUCGUACAAAACCGGCCUGCCCAGAAGAUGAAUUUAAUAGAAAAAUUAAUCAGAAAAUCUCCGCGAAAUGGAGAAUUGGAGAUCAAAGCCCAGAAAGACAACUUUGAAAAGCAAAGCUACGCAAUUAAGUCUGCUGCAGAAGUUAAAUUAGCCGAAGUACAAGCUCUUCUUGAAACCGAACGAGAUCUCCAUAAAACUGAGAUUCAAAACCUUCAACAGGCGAACGACAAUUUGACAAAGACGCUCUUCGACGAACGAUCUCAGAGGCGUGUUCUCGAGGGAAUGCACCAUGCUUCACUAGAGGCAGCGGUGUUGAUAGAGAGGCAGAGAAUUGUCAAUAGCGAAGAACGUGAGAAACGGCGACUUCAGAGUGCUCUGGACGAGGAGAAAAGACGAUCUUGGACGAUCGAACAGCGCACAAAAGAAGAGUACGAGAAAGUUCUCGAGGACGAAAAGAAGCGCUCAGAGUUGUUAAAAGAGCUCGAGCGCGAAAGGCUUGAGAAAUCACUCGAGGAGGAAAAACAACGAAUCAGUGAAUUAGAAAAACGUUUGGUGAAAUCUCCGAGCCACGAGAGAUACACACAAACUAUAGCCAUGUUCGACGAACAAGAAUUUCCUCGCAUGCCGCCAGGGACGAACCAAAGGGAGACAUUGUACAAUGUUUUACUCGCCGAGAUUAUGUCGCUACAGUUGCUUUACCAAAUGCAAGAUCUGUCCCAGGCUUGCAGCGGCGCCGAUGACCUGCGGUCACGUGACAGCGGUUGUGCCGAGUACGAGGAUGACGUUAUUCAUUCAGUGAGCUCGAGCGUGUUAGAAAAAGGAGGGCUGUUGUUGAAUAAUUUAAGAGGCAGGCAGCGAGGUGAUAGUCGGUUUUCUCUAAUGAGUACCGAUUCAUUACGAGAGUUGUAUCUGCUUCAGUUUCCCCCUUCACCGAAGCUUUCCCGGGAGUCGCGGAAGCCUGGCUCGGUUCCGAUGAUUGCUUUGAAGAGCUCGUGCCUAGAGCUUCAUUCCGAUUCAAAGAAGAGCUUCUCGUCGACGGAUUCCGAUGGACCCCGAGGGCACGAAGGCACAUCAAGCUCUAGUAUGGAGUCGUUUCUAGAGGAUGAGCCGCUGAGCCCGCGUUGCCGGAAUCGACCCAGUGACAGCGGCUGCAGCAGUCAGCACAGCGACUCAGAUCACUCCCCUGGGCCGAACACACGAAGUCACCCAGUCGACAUUGCGGGCCGCGCGAGAGCCCAGAGUAACCCCGUCAAGCGGUCUAACAUGAACGCAUGCGUUCCACUGGCUGAAGAGGAAGAUGAAGACCUUGAUCUCGUUGCUUCAAAUGAGAUUUUGUCGGUGAAGAGGAAAGUCGUACAUCUAGCGAACGACUUGUGUAGGUUGAAGACAGAGCUAGACUCGGAGACUAUCAACUUCUUCUCUGAGGUGUUCGGCGUGGAAGUUCCCUUUUUGCGAGAAGGAGAAUCUCCGCGUGUCAUGAGACGCUUGUUUGAAGGCGUCAAGGAAAAUCUGCUGACCAGAAUAUGCGCCGGUCAUGGCAAUAAUGACGAAGACGAGGAUGACCUCACCCCACCCCUGCUGGAGGAAGCAGUGAACCUGCUACUGGUGAACAAGACAGUAAUGAGCUGCAUUCUUGUUCUGCAAAACAGACGAGACACAGAAAAGAACCAAGAAUCAACUACAACAGAAUUGCCGACAGUUAUCCACGUACCAUUAAAGAUUGAUCGAGAAAUGCAAACAGAUCCUGAACCGAUCCGAUCACUGAGAAGACGAAUCAGAAAAGAUGCUGGAGUCGGAACAGAUCCUCCAGUGAAGGUACAACUUUGCGAUAAAGAAUGUCAAACAAGUAGAGAGGAUAUUACAGACAGGUGAUUACAGUGCUAGUGUUUACAUUGUUUGUUUGUUUGUUUGUUUUUUUCUCAAUUUUUUAUUGGUGCAAAAUGGCGUUGACGGGCCUACACGACUUCUACGGUUCGUGACAUAUGCCGGUACAUUCGCAGAUCUCUUUUCGGUUUCUCGGCCUUUCUUUUCCUCACUCGUGUUUAUGAAGGGCUCUUUAUGUGGUGUUAUGCGGAGGACGUUUUAGUAGAGUGGAGCCGUUAGACUUUGCUGCAGUAAAUUUUUAUAGGUCAUAGGUCUGCAUGGUUGCCGCUGUCUUUUCGGCAUGUCGCUCCGCA